AUGGUCCUUGCGGCCCAGUCCCGCGCGCCCCCGCGCGCCGGCGGCGCCGCCGGGCUUCUGCAGAAGCAGCCGCCGCCGCCGCCGCUGUUCCACGAGGCCGCCGUGUGGCUGCGCGGCUUCCCCGGCCCCCACACCGUGCUCUUCACCAGCAACCGCCUGGGCGACCUCUCCACCCCAAACCAGAGCGUGUCCCUCACCCUCGUCGACCCGACCGGCGCUGCCGCCCCAAAGCCGGUCCUGCGGCCGUCCCCGCCCGACGCCGCGCCAAUGGCCAACGGCGGCACGCUCGUCCCCGGCACCGGCGGCGCCGUCGUGCUGAUCGACUACCAAGGGCAGGGCCGGCGCGGCGGCGGGCUGGCGGCGCUCAAUGUUGCGACCGGCGAGGUCAAGGACGUUGUGUCGCGCGUCGGCGCCGGCGGCGGGCGCUUCUCCUCACCCAACGACGUCGUCAUUGUCCCCCUGCCUUCCAGGGCGCAGCCCGCGGGCGCAAACGCGACGAGCGGGCGCUACGCGGUGGCGCUGUUUUCGGACCCCGCAUACGGCUUCGACCAGCAGUUCAGGACGGGCGAGCCCGACGUGGGCGAGUAUGUAUGGGCGGUGACCCUCCGCCUUCCGCCGACGCCCGGGCCCGGCCCGGCCGCGGCCUCGGCCGCCCGGCGUCGCUGGUGGCCCGAGGCGGUGGGGCCGGCGCGGGUGGUGGCCGGCGGGUUUGUGCGGCCGAACGGGCUGGCGAUAUCCCCGGACCGCCGCACGGCAUACAUCUCAGACACCGGUUAUGUCAGCGGGGGCGGCACCGUCUCCAACGGCCUGAUAGACACUGCGAUGGCGGGGCCGCCGCUGAGGACCUGGAGCAGCCGGCCGGCCGCGGUCUACGCGUUUGACCUGGUCUUUGCUGGUGCCUCGCCCCCGAGCGUCGUCCUGGACAACAGGCGGAUGUUUGCCGUCGCCGACGUCGGCGCGCCCGACGGGCUGCACUGCGACGCCGACGGGCGGCUCUGGAGCGGAGAGGGGGACGGCGUCUCGGCGUACGAGCCCGACACCGGCCGCCUGCUGCUGCGCGUGCGGCCGGGGGCCGGCGGCGGCGCGCGCGCGGAGGGGGUCGCGAACUUUGCGAUCGUCGGGGGCGGGGCGGGCGGGGGAGGGCUACUGGUGAUGGGCCAAGAGCAGGCGGCGACAGCGGUGCGGCUGCCGGGGCUGCGGGCGUUCAACAUUGACUCGUGGCUGGACUAA